GGAUCGAAUCCAAGAGGAAACGAGAGAGAGAGAGAGAGAGAGAGACAACAGAAGCAAGCAAGCGACCCAGAAGACCAAAACCCGAAGAGGGAGUAGCUGAACUCGUAAUCAAUUUCUUCUUCUUCUUCUUCUUCUUCUUCGCAGAUCCGAAGACCGAUUCGAUCGGAGACUCGGGUACCCUCUCUCUCUCUCUCUCUCUCCAUCUUCUUCAAUGGCGAAGAGGGCGUUGUGGUUGCCGCUGAUCCUGCUCUGGUUCGCCGUCGACAGGGGGCAAGCCAUCUGGUUGACCCUACCCCCCACCGGCACCAAGUGCGUCUCCGAGGAAAUCCAGAACAACGUCGUCGUCUUGGCCGAUUACGUCGUCGUCUCCGACGAUCACUCCCACAUCCCCGCCAUCUCCGUCAAGGUGACUUCACCAUAUGGCAACAAUUUGCACCACCAGGAGAAUGUCACUCAUGGUCAAUUUGCAUUCACAACUAGUGAAGCUGGCAACUACUUGGCCUGUUUUUGGGUGGAUGGUCAUAAUCAAGGAAGUGGAGAAGUAAGUGUCAAUAUUGAUUGGAAAACUGGAAUUGCAGCGAAGGAUUGGGAAUCAGUUGCAAGAAAAGAGAAGAUUGAGGGCGUGGAGCUUGAGCUCAGGAAGCUCGAAGGAGCUGUGGAGGCCAUACAUGAAAAUCUAUUGUACUUGAAGAGCAGAGAAGCAGAGAUGAGGAUGGUGAGCGAAAAAACCAAUGCCAGAGUGGCCUGGUUCAGUAUAAUGUCCUUGGGAUUAUGCAUCGUUGUUUCGGCCUUUCAGAUUUGGUACUUGAAGCGAUUCUUCCAAAAGAAGAAGCUUAUUUAAAUUAUAUGACUAGGUACGUCACUGGUUAAAAGUGGAUGUGAGACCUUUUGAUUAUUUGUUGCUAUUGUAGGUGUAGGAGGAGAAAAAUUUUGACACAGGAAAGGACUAGAUUUCACUGUUAUAACAAGUAAAAGUUAUCAUCAUAUUCUG